UGGUAAAAUAUAACAAAAUGUAUUAUCAUAACCGUUUUUCAGUGUACAAUUCAGUGGCAUUAAGUACAUUUAUAACAUUGUGCAACUAUCACUACAAUCUCUCUCCAAAACUUUUUCAUUAUCCAGACAGAAACUCUGUGUCCAUUAAGCAAUAACUCCGGAUUCCCCAUCCUGCCAGGCCCUGCCAAAUUCUGUUCUACUUUCUGUCUCUAUGAAUUUGUCUAUUCUAGGUUCCUCAUGUAAGUGGAUUCAUACAGAUGUGUCCUUUUGCAGACGGUGGCUGUUUAAGUCAGACAGGCAAGGAGGAAGAGAAACAGCCAAGCCAAAUGCAGCUUCCCUCGGUUCUUUCCUUCCCUGGUGCUUGUCUGGGCUUCUCUCCCAGGCGAAAUCAUCAGUCUUUCUUCCUGGGACUUCUGUGUGGUGAGGAUGCCAUUAGGCACCCUCUGGUAGCUUACAAUGCAGUUCAUUUCAUCUCAUUUCCUUCCUGUUUUGUACAGAGACUGAUUUCCCCUUUGCUGACUGUCAGCUGAGUUCAAAACCGGGGUCAAAGCUCUGCUCACAGCACAAAUCACUUCUUGUGAAGCCUGGCUGGGUUUUGGCGGGCAGCUGCUAGGCUUUCGGUCUUUUAUGAGGCUGUCCUGGCCACAGUGGAGCUUUGUGUGUGAUCAAUGGGUGCUGGGCAUGAGCCCGGCUGGGCUAGCUGACACGGUGAGUUGUCCCUGACACUCAUGACUUUCAAGCCCUGUGUCUUGGAGGGCACUGUGAUCUGGAAGUUCACCUCCUCUAUGAAAAAAACCUAAACCAGCCUCUCCUUUUCCUGCAUGGUGAUCUGUAAUGAUCAGUGACAUUCUCAGAAUUAACCAAUCAGGAAAUGCUUGGAAAGCCCACGCCUCAGCAUUUAGUGCUUGGGAAAUUCUACUUCCAGAUCCCAGAGGGGACACAGCAGAUUUCCAGUGAGCAUUCCUAACCUGAAAAACCUGUCCUUGAAUGCUCCUCCUCAGUGCUAGAGAUGCUCUUUCAGAAUGUGAACCUCCUGCGUCUGUGACGAGAUGUCGCACGUCUACACUCAGAUUUAGCAGGAUGUCCAUGUGAUAGUGCCUAGGCCUGCCUUAUGGCAGUUUUGAUAAAGGUGAUUUCAGAGUGGCUUCAGAGGGGAUGACUAAAGCCCACAAUCUUGGUCCAAAAUAUCCUAAUCUCCCUACAAGAAUGAUUUUCUUGCCUUGGACUAUGUCCAGUCUGCCAACUAGUACAGCUGUUUUUGGUUUUUGACUCACUGAUUUACCUGGCAUGACAUUUCCUCUUGUUUCAAGAUUCUUUAAGUUCCUCCUGACUUCUCUUUCCCUUUAAAUAUUCCUGAAACUGGCUCUUGCCUGGUCCCUUUAUUUCAUUAUUCCUCCAUCUUGCUGGUGGUAUGGUGGAAAUUGGACAUAGGGUUUGGUGUUAGAUAUACCUGCCUUCAAAGCUUAACUGUGCUACCUACUAGCUCUGUGACCUUGGGCAAGUUACUUAAAUCUAAGACAUAGAUUCCCCCUUGUGAAAUGGGAACAAUGAUUUGUUAUUCUGAGGGAUGUUCAUAGACUUGAUUAAAAUAAUAAGAAAAGGUACCUGGCACAUAGCCGAUACUCAAAAAAUGUUAGCACACACCCACACCUUUUUCGUUCUGAUUCAUUUAAGGUAAGCCCUUCCCAAUCGGCCUUCACUUGACCUGAAUUCCUGGGAUACUGUAUUUGGAAUUUUAAAUAUUCCAAAUAUACAGAGUUCUUGCAGGUCGAAGCUGGUCUAGGCUCCAAACAGGCUGCCCCCAAGGGAAGCAGGGUUAUUGGCAGCUAGUAUUAAUCUGACUUUUGUCAUAUUGAUUCAAGAUUUUAUCUGAAGAUGGCAGCAACUUGUACAUGGUGCCACUGUUUAGCCACUCCAUGCCAGAGGUACCAGGCAAGUAAAACCCAAAUUACCAGUGCCUUUGCUCCAUCCUGGAAAUGACAAAGGACAAAGCCAAAGAACCCAGGAAAGUGCAAUGGGAUUUGGUUUUACGCAGCAGGGAAUCUUCUAAGAAAGCCAGGACCGGUUCACCUACGUGUCAUUACCAGUGCAGGCAGCUCAGAGGUACUUCCCUGGGAGAAGUUAGGGCACCGAGAGAGAGGUGCUUAGGUUCCUUCCUUCCUCCCUCCCUCGCUCCCUUGGGUUCCUUCCUUCCUGCCUGCCUGCCUUCCUUCCUCCCUCCCUCCUUCCCUUCUUCUCCUUUCUUUUCUUUCUUUUUUUUUUUUAGACAGAGUCUUGCUCUGUCGCCCAGGCUGGACUGCAAUGGCGCGAUCUCAGCUUACUGCAACUUCCGCCUCCCGGGUUGCUCCUGCUUCAGUCUCCCUAGUAGCCGGCAUAACAGGCGCCCGCCACCAUGCCCGGCUAAUUUUUAUAUUUUUAGUGGAGACAGGCUUUCACCAUAUUGGCCAGGCUGGUCUCGAACUCCUAACCUCAAGUGAUCCGUCCGCCUCGGCCUCCCAAAGUUCUCCUAGCACCACCAUGAUCUCAGGACUAACCACUGCACACCCGUGAUGGGAUUCCACACCUUCGCUGCAAGAGGACAAGGUGACGAGAUGCUGACAGUGAAGGCUGAACUAACGCGGACAGUGAAGUGCUAAAUGAGUCGGACUCCGACUCCAGGUGAAGCAGCCAGCAGAGGUCAGAGAGAGGCAGCUCACGUUCCGGAAUAGCUCUCCAGACCCCCAGCUGGCCAUGUGGUGAGCUCAGGGCCCAAAUCAAGUAGUACCAGCAAUCGGGGAACCCCCUCUAUCUGUUUUGAAUGGAUUCACACCAGUCACAAGCCUGGAAAGAUGGUGUCACAGUCUACAGUCAGGCAGGAUUCUCCUGUGGAGCCCUGGGAAGGGAUCAGCAAUCACUCUGGCAUUAUUGAUGGUUCACCCAGACUCCUGAACACUGACCAUCCUCCUUGCCAAUUAGACAUCAGGUUCAUGAGGCACAAAGCUGUCUGGAUCAACCCCCAGGAUGUGCAGAAACAGCUGCAGGACUUGCAACCUCAGGUGCCAGCAGCAGGGAACAGCGGGACCCAUUUUGUGACAGAUGCUGCCUCUCCCUCAGGCCCUUCACCUUCGUGCCUCGGGGACUCCCUGGCAGAGACAACAUUGUCUGAGGAUACUACAGACUCCAUUGGCAGCGCUUCUCCCCAUGGCUCGAGUGAAAAGAGUAGCAGCUUCUCUCUGUCCCCAACAGAAGUACACAUGGUCCGCCCAGGAUACUCUCAUCAGGUGUCUCUGCCCACAAGCCCUAGGAUUUUGGCCACCUCCCCAUAUCCUGAGACUGACAGUGCUUUUUUUGAGCCUUCCCAUCUGACAUCUUCUGCUGAUGAAGGUGCUGUUCAAGUCAGUAGAAGAACCAUUUCUUUGAAUUCCUUCUCACCAGAGGUAUUUGUGCUGCCUGUUGAUGUAGAAAAGGAAAAUGCCCACUUUUAUGUUGCAGAUAUGAUUAUAUCAGCAAUGGAGAAAAUGAAGUGUAACAUUCUGAGUCAACAGCAGACAGAGAGCUGGAGUAAAGAAGAAGUCAGUGGGUUACUUGGGAGUGAUCAGCCUGACUCUGAAAUGACUUUUGAUACCAACAUAAAGCAAGAGUCUGGGUCUUCUACUUCUUCAUACAGUGGCUAUGAAGGUUGUGCUGUGUUACAGGUCAGCCCAGUGACUGAAACACGUACUUACCAUGAUGUGAAAGAGAUUUGCAAAUGCGACGUUGAUGAUUUUGUUAUUUUAGAGCUUGGAGAUUUUAAUGAUAUCACAGAAACCUGUAGCUGUUCCUGCAGCUCCUCUAAGAGUGUCACUUAUGAGCCAGACUUCAGUUCUGCAGAACUAUUAGCCAAAGAGCUGUACCGCGUGUUCCGAAAGUGCUGGAUACUGUCAGUAGUUAAUUCUCAGCUGGCAGGUUCCCUGAGUGCAGCUGGCUCGAUAGUCGUAAAUGAAGAGCGUGUCCAAAAAGACUUUGAAUCCAGUAUGCAUGUAGUACAGGAAAUUAAAUUUAAGUCUAGGAUCAGAGGGACUGAAGACUGGGCUCCUCCUAGAUUUCAAAUCAUAUUUAAUAUUCAUCCACCACUCAAGAGGGACUUUGUGGUGGCAGCCCAGAAUUUUUUCUGUGCCGGCUGUGGAACUCCAAUAGAGCCUAAGUUUGUGAAGCGGCUCCGGUACUGCGAAUACCUAGGGAAGUAUUUCUGUGACUGCUGCCACUCAUAUGCAGAGUCCUGCAUCCCUGCCCGAAUCCUGAUGAUGUGGGACUUCAAGAAGUACUACGUCAGCAAUUUCUCCAAACGGCUGCUCGACAGCAUAUGGCACCAGCCCAUUUUCAAUUUGCUAAGCAUCGGCCAAAGCCUGUAUGCGAAAGCCAAGGAGCUGGACAAAGUGAAGGAAAUUCAGGAGCAGCUCUUCCAUAUCAAGAAGCUGUUGAAGACCUGUAGGUUUGCUGACAGUGCAUUAAAGGAGUUCGAGCAGGUGCCGGGACACUUGACUGAUGAGCUCCACCUGUUCUCUCUUGAGGACCUGGUCAGGAUCAAGAAAGGGCUGCUGGCACCCUUACUCAAGGACAUUCUGAAAGCUUCCCUUGCACAUGUGGCUGGCUGUGAGCUGUGUCAAGGAAAGGGCUUUAUUUGUGAAUUUUGCCAGAAUACGACUGUCAUCUUCCCAUUUCAGACAGCAACAUGUAGAAGAUGUUCAGUGUGCAGGGCUUGCUUUCACAAACAGUGCUUCCAGUCCUCCGAGUGCCCCCGGUGUGCGAGGAUCACAGCGAGGAGAAAACUUCUGGAAAGCGUGGCCUCUGCAGCAACAUGAUGCCCCUGAAUACUGUGAAAAAGACUGUUCAGCAUGCCUUAUGAUAACACCGAUUUGUGUCUAUUAUUGGUGACAUUGUUUUAGAUAUUGGGUAUUGUAUAUUAAGGAAAAAGAUGGUCUAUAUUCUCUUUAUUGCAUAUACUUAAUGUUUCAAAAGAAUGCAGAUUCUGUGAUUAAACACAGGGUUGAUAGUAGUGGUUUUGUUUACAAAUGUUCUGUUUUGGCUGCUAUUGGUUUUUUAAAGAGGUUUUAUAUACUUUUGUAUUUGAAUAGUUAGUUAUGUUUCGCUGAUGCUGAGCCAGUUUGUGUGUGUGUGCAUAUAUGUGAACUGUAACUGACAAAAUGAAUUACUCAAUUUCUCUUCCUCUAAAGCUUGUUUGAUGAAACUGGUUGGUCCUUUCAGUGAACAAAAAUAUGACCCCAAAUCUGUUUGCUCUGGCUUUUAUUUCUUCAGGAAACAGACUUCCACUUAAAUGCCAUUUUGUGAUUGUGUCAAUCAUACACAUUUUAUUUACUCCAGAGUUUGAAUAGAGAGUACACAUUUCUUCUGCAGAUUUAUUUCAUGAUGAGUUUGAGUUGCUUAGCAGGGCGUGUAGGUCCAGUUGAAGUGCAGUUUGAAGCAACUGCUUCUAGAUGGCACUCUUUCAGGUGGCACAAAUCGAACCUGUAUUUGUCAUCUCUGUUCCACACGCUGCAAUGUCAAGGGGUGCAGAAGUGAGUAGAAUUCCAUCCCUGCCCUUGAGGAUCUUGCUUUAAUAGAUGUAAAACUGAACAUAAGGUAUUUGCAGAUUUAAACAAACUGGGGGAAAUAAUGAACAGUGUGAUUCUAGUAAUAACAUUAAAAUCACAGACAUCGACUAAGAAGGUUAAAUGAAUCACAAAACCUUUAUGAAUUUCUUUUUUCUAAUAGUUCUUAUAUGUUUUCCUGAAACAUGUGAGCCUAUUCAUUUUUCUUCUACUUUCUAUAUACUUUCUCCCACUUGAGAAAGGGGCCUUGAGGCUGCGUCCCUUCAUGGUAUACCUUUAGACUGAACGGUUUUCAACCUAGGGCUUGGGUGUUAUAUUCCCUGGGAUUCACAUGCCCUAACUAAACCUACCUUGAUUUUCUCAGACAGCACAGGCAGGCAAUAAAGUGUCACAGAUUGUCCCCUAACCCUAUCCAGCUGUGUGUAUGGGUGUGUUUUAUUCAAUGGGAUAGUAUUAAGCACAUGAAAGAAAUGAAUGACUUCUGUCAAUCUCUUUUCAUUCAGUCUUCUCAUUCUGUCAAUUGUUUUCUCAUUCGCGAUGCCUCUGCCAGAACUGUGCUCACAUCCAUUGUUUAAGCCAGAUCUUUUUUAAGUAUUAUAGAAGUGUAGAGGCACAUAGAAUAAAUAAAACCAGACUUCAAA